UAUAGCAUAUGUUGAAGUAUGGUCAUCCAGCAGAACAGAAAAUUAUUCAAAAGCCUUUGCCCAACAACUACUUGAUAUGGGAGCAACAGUUUCCAAGACUUUCAACAAGCAAGUGACUCAUGUGAUCUUUAAAGAAGGACUCUCAUCUACAUGGAAUAAAGCUCAGAAACUUGGGGUUAAACUAGUGUCAGUACUUUGGGUAGAAAAAUGCCGAGAAGUUGGAGCACAUGUUAAUGAAUCACUGUAUCCUGCAGUAAAUACUAAUGAAGGGUUACCUCAGCUUAAUAAAAAGCACAAAUGCAUGCAGCCCAAAAACUUCAUUGAAAAAACUCCAGAAAAUGAUAGGAGACUACAAAAAAGGUUGGAAAUUAUGGUUAAAGAGUUAGCACAACAAAAAGCAGCAACAGGAACCGACAUUCCAGUUUUAUUAUUUGAAGAUGAUGGUUCACUAAUGUACAGCCCAGCAAGUAAAAUAAAGUAUCAGUGCAGUGCAAUGGAGAGAAGAAUGAAGGACAUGAAGGAGAAAAGGGAAAAUCUUUCCCUUACUGCUUCACAGAUGUCUCAAAUGUCUGAUUCCAGUUCUGUUCCAGCAGUGCAUGAACAAAUUCUUAUUUCUACCACUUCAACUUGUACAUCGCCAUCAGAAAGGAAGAGCAGUGAUUCUGUAAACUCAAGUUUUGCUAACAUGUUGGGAAAUUCUGAAACCAAGAAUCUUGGAAAGAAAUCCACCAAAUACAUACCUGAAGUUGAAAGUGCUGCAGAUGUUUCCUUAUCUGCAUUAUGGAGCUCUCCAGUUUCUUCACGUGACUCCAAACUUACAAGCCCAAAACAACCUAGUGCCAAACGUUUUAAAAAAACACUAAUUCUGUCUAACAGCUUGGAAGAUGGCUUCCCUGCCACAAAGGCAAAAUCAAAAACGUCUACACAAAAACAUGGUAAUAGGAAUGACUGUUCUACAACUGUAACUGGAAAUCACUUGUCUGAGACAAGCGACUUGAAAUACAAAGUUUCUUCAGAAACAAUCCAUUUGGAAGUUGCUGAAGAUACCAGUGACAAUCACUUAAAUUUAGAAACUAAUCUACCUUCAGUUAAUUGUACUCUUUCUCCAACUGGUCAUUAUUCCACUUGGAAACAACAGAAGAAACCCAGAAGGAGAUCAAGUUUGGGACUGAGUACCUCAGCGUUAUGUGAGAUAAAUUCUCAAAAUGACUUUUUGCAAGCAAUGCUCUCUCCUGUUCAGUCCACAAAAGACCAGGAUUCCUCUUUUGAAGAUUAUUUUUCACCUUCUAACUUAAAUAAAAAUAAAAUAAGAGUUAGUCUUCCUUUUCCAUGCCAGCAGAAAUCGCAGAAUCCUAAUGAAAUGGUUUGCAAAUAUAGCUCUUUAAGAAGUAAGCCAGAGGCAAUGUUGCAAGGGUCUAAUAAAAUCGGUGCAAUUUAUAGCCAAAAGAGGAAAAGAGAAACUGAGAUCAAUGAGAAUGCUGUAAGUAGUGACUGCAUGCAGUCUAUACCUCUUCAAAGUGAAGAAAGUGCAGCUUUAAAUUAUAUGUCAAAGACAGAAAAGCAGGAUAAAGUGGAAACCACAGACUGCCUUCUGAAUCUUAACAUUCAGGAAAAGAUCUGCACGACCAGCGUAAAUAAUUAUUCACCCAAAACUGGUGCUGACAAAUUUUCUCUGGGUGAUGCCAAAGAUGGUUCUUGUAAACCUUUGUGUGACCAAAUGGAUGAGCCUGGUGGGAAAUUAAAGAGUACUGGAAGAAUCAAAAAGCCAUUGAGAACUUUAGUCAUGACAAGUAUGACCUCUGAGAAGCAGAAUGCAGUUGUUCAGGUGGUGAGGAAGUUGGGAGGCUUUCUGUUUUCAGAUGAAGUAUGUGAAACCACGAGCCAUGUGGUUGCAGGCACCCCCCGUCGUACAUUAAAUGUAUUGAUGGGAAUUGCUCGAGGCUGCUGGAUUGUCUGUUAUGAAUGGGUGUUGUGGUCUCUAGAAUGCGGCCACUGGAUUUCUGAAGAACCAUAUGAACUCUCGGUGGAUUUCCCUGCAGCUCCUAUCUGCCGACUUCAACGCUACUUUCCAAAUGGAAAAGGUCACCUGAAGCUCUUUUCAGAUCAGCCCAUCAUGUUCAUAUCGUGUUCUAGUCAACCACCCUGUGAGAAACUGUGUGAGUUGGUGCAGCUUUGUGGAGGGAAGGUGUGUAAAACACUCCGUCAAGCUGAAAUCUGUAUUGGUGAAUGCAGGGUUGGAAAAUACGUGGACAAAAAAUGUUUAUCAGAAAAAUGGAUUCUAGAUUCAAUCACCCAUCACAAGAUCCAUCCUCCUGAAAGCUAUAUAUUUCAGAAUAAGGUAUUGCAUACAUAGGAUUAUUCAUUAAUGCCACAGUAUUUGGACUUCAUCUAGCAUAUUGAACAAUGAAUACUUUCAAGCUUCACUUUGUAAAUGUAAUGGCAUGAAACAAGAUGAAUAAAGCUCGGGGAGGGGGGGGCUACUGUAAUGAUUCCAAGAACCUGCAACAUUGUGGUGGGGAAGGAAGGAAACAAGACUUGCCCAGGGUACAAUCCAGGACAAAAGUACUAUCUGAACAUGUUUUGAGCAUC